AUCGCAUUUGGCUUCUCCAGAUCCAAGGGUCUUCAGUCCCAAAGUACCGACUCUAGCUGGAGCUGUGAAGAACCAGAAUAAGCACGUGACAGAUGUUGAUUUGACGACCUGAGGUCUCUGAAGAAGAACUUCAGUUGUCGCUUUCUACAAUUCCAUCAUCCCUCCAGAGUGAAUAUCGAACUUCGCUAGAGGAGGAAAAUGGCGUCGACUCCAAUGGCCAUCGAUUCUCCUAUAGGUGCCAAUGGUAGAGCGCCUGCAGUGCUACCUACAAAUCCGCUACCCACUACGGCAAAGGUGUCUGAUAUGAUUUCCCUUUUUAGACCAACCAAGGUAUGAACUGUUCGGGAGAAUACCGCAAAGAGAGAUAUACUAACGAGACACAAGCACUUCUUGUCUGAGCACUACAAACGUGAUUCCGCAUCUGGGAAACCAGCAAAGUCAAAAGCCUCCAUCAUCUCUUUGGACUUCAGCGAUGGAGGAGACUAUCUCCUUACCUCGGAGAGCGACAAUAACAUGUCAAUAUAUGACGUUGUCAGGGGCAAGUGGUUCAAGAGCUGCUUGAGUCAGAAAUAUGGUGUAAGCCACGCCAUGUUCACCCAUAAAUCUCGAGACUCAAAUCCAUGUAUCAUACACUCCAGUACCAAGAUAAAUCGUGAGUAUCGCCACUAUCCUUUCUUCCAUGCAUAGGGCCUAACUGGAACAGACGUAAUCCGCUACCUCUCAACACACGACAACUCCUACUUGCGCUAUUUUGAGGGUCACGAGAAAAACGUCACCUGCCUUUCCCUCCACCCGGGACAGGAUAACUUCAUUUCCUGUAGUGAAGACGACACGGUUCGAAUCUGGGAUGCUGGUACUAAAAACUCAUGCGGCAAACUACUCUUGAAUGGAGCCUACCUCGCAGCCUGGGAUCCCUCUGGUAAUGUUUUCGCUGUAGCAUCUCCAGCAGCACAAUCAAUCCUGCUAUAUGAUUUCCGCAAUUUCGAUAGAGCACCUUUCAGCGUCUUUGACAUGCUACCGUAUUCUCAAGAAACUGUCCCAGGAGCAGUCAAUAAAGGCUGGAAUAAGAUAGAAUUCUCCAACGACGGAAAAUCUCUCCUACUAGGGACCACAGGCUCCGGCCAUGUCCUACUCGACGCUUUCGAUGGACACCUGAAAGCGAUAGUUCGUCGGGAGAGAGGUGGUGUAAAACGCCUGGGAGUCGGCGAUCACAACCCUGACCACGUUGAACCCGACUCCCCGGAUUUUCUAUAUCCCAGUACGGGAGAUUGCUGUUUUACGCCUGAUGGUCGUUACAUACUCAGCGGAACACGAAGAGAGAAUGUCUUGGUUUACGACACGUUGGCAGGAACACCAGAAAAGAUUGCGAAGCCGAUUCAUGAAUUGGAAUACAAGGGAGAUACUGGUGUCAUUGCUUUCAACCCAAAAUAUAACAUGUUUGCUACUGGCGACAAGGAAACGGUAUUAUGGGUUCCUGAUCGAGAUCUCUGAGGUUAUGAACUAAGGAUCGGUGGAUGCUGCAUUUGCUUAUUGAUCUGCUUGCUGGAUACCCUCUGAAUGAUGAAGAUCUGUAUUGGCGUUGGGAG